AUGUCUUAUUUAAGUCGACAACAACGAGGCAGUUACGCGACUAACGUAUGCACUAAUUGCCGAAGAAAACACGCAAAAUGUUCUGAAGAAGCUAUUUGCACCAAUUGUGCAUCACACAACCUUAAAUGUAUUUAUGUUAAGCCGACUACAAAACGGGGGCCAAAAGCUGCUAAUAGAUCAACUAACGUUUUUGAAGAUAACUCCGGUGAAGCUCCAAACAUCGAACAGGAACACACAAUGACUCAAUUUAGC